GUUAGGUGCUGUUGAUACUGUAGUUUCGAGCAACCACCAAGACUCAGAACUGAGUGUGGCAGCGCACGUACAUCGCUCUGAAACUGUUUUUGAAAUUUCCAUUCCAAUAUUUUAUGACUUGUACAUUGUGUACAUAGAUAAUUUCAUUUUUUUAUAACAUCAAAACAACAAGAUGGAACUUAAUUCUCUUUUAAUUCUGCUGGAGGCUGCAGAGUACUUGGAAAGAAGAGACAGAGAGGCAGAACACGGUUAUGCGUCUGUUUUACCGUACAGUAGCGACUUUUCCAGUAAGAAAACGAAAGCUUCGACAAUUUCCAGAAAAACUCAGAACAAUAGAUCGUCGCACAACGAGCUGGAGAAACACAGACGUGCCAAACUACGGCUGUACUUGGAGCAGUUGAAGAAGCUGGUGCCUUUGGGUCCAGACAGCACGAGACACACCACACUGAGUUUGCUGAAAAGGGCCAAGAUGCACAUCAAGAAGCUGGAGGAACAGGACAGGAAGGCUUUAAACACGAAGGAGCAGCUGCAGAGAGAGCAUCGCUACCUCAAACGCCGCCUGGAGCAGCUUUCUGUGUCCGGAUCUGUUGAGCGCAUCCGCACCGACAGCAUGGGCUCCACCAUCUCCACUGACUCCGAGCAAGAGGUGGACAUCGAGGGGAUGGAGUUCACUCCUGGCGAGGCGGACAGCGUGGGCAGCAUCAGCGACGGCGAGGAGGAGGACCACUACAGCCUCCAGAGCAGCUCCAGUGACACCAGCUACACAGUCACGCAUUCCCACAGACUGCAGCCGCACCACUGUUAGACACCCCACGCUCGAUCUCCCAACCAGCUUCCUGGCCGAUGCUUUCCUCCCCUUAUUGACACCUUGCCCGACAAUCGCCAACGCCGUCCGCUACCUAAAUCAGACCGGCCCACAAUGGCGAUACAACCUGAACCUCCUUUCCUGGCUCUGGCUCUCCAGGAAGCACAUGGGGCUGAAAUGCCACUCAAGCCUUCCUGAACCCCCUGACCACUGACCCUACCUCACCCUACUUUAUCCUGCCAGAACCUGCCCCUCCUCACAAGCCCUGCCCUCCCACUGCCCUCACAAACCCCUGCCUAGUGUUGCCGCAGGCUCAAAGAGAGCAGAGCAGUUUGUGGUUUUAAUGGGGAAUUCUGUGGUGUGAUAAAUAGCUUUGACUUGUUAAUCAGGAUUCUGUAAUAUAAAUGUGUGUGUGUGUGUGUGUGUGUGUGUGUGUGUGUGUGUGUGUGUGUGUGUGUACACACAAGCUUCAUGUCAUCUCCAUGAGGCAAUAAUACACAGACAAGGCUUUGCACCAAGUUUGUGAUGUAAAAGGUAAAGCACUUCUGCAACAUUUGCAACAUUGAAAGUUAUUUACAUCAUACAGUAUCUUCCCUUUACACAAUAGGAUUUACAGAAGUAGCUAUUGCAGAUGUCCUGCACUUUCCUCGAAAACGUUCGACUGCUGAAAUAAGGACAGAGAUUAAAAGAGUAGUUUUUUAUACAUUUUUGGAAAGAUAUUUAUUUCCCAGUCUUUAAGCUAAGAUUGACUGAUUGAUUGAUAUUUAGCAAACAGGCACGGUGUUGUUGAAUAAGCUUUGUUCCCCAAAAUGUUAAACUAUUCAUUUAAUUCUUCCACUAUUUAGGUUUGUGUCAAUGUGCAGCGGUGCAUCUGCAACUGCAUGGCCUAAAACAGGACUUUAUCAGUGGCUACUUCUGCACAAAGAUUCCCAUCAUCAUUACCAAAUGUGGCCAAUUUUUUUGGUCAAAGACAAACUGAAAAAGUGACAGAGCUGUAGCAGAGAAGAACAAAUGUAUAUAGAUGUACAGUUACUGUCCAAACCCUCAUGUCUCCCUCUGGUUGGGUUGCCUAACCACUACUCCACACUACUGACCACUACACUAUACCACCCUACGGUGUGGAUGGACUACUAUGUCAAUUAAAAAAAGGAGUUGCCUCAUAACUAAACUCUAUUCCUUAAAAAUUGAUUCAAAUCCUUCUCAGUAGCGAAUUGAUGUAGCAAUAAAUACGUGAGGCGGGUGCUUCCUCUGAGUGUUUAAACGAUUCUGGUGGACCUUGAGGUGUCACGGGAGACUUCCUUUCCUUUUUUUUUUACCCUGUAGAUGGACAGUGGGUGCUGACAGAGAGUGGAUCUUCCUUUUUCACUAAUGGAUCCUUCUCUUUGCUUACAAUGCCAUUUACCCACAAUUCACAUUUCUCUACGGCUGUGUUACUUUUUCAAGCAGUGUUCAUGUGUGUCUGGAUGAUUUUGGUUCUUGUUCUGAUUAACAAGUCAAAGCUGUUAAUGUAAAAGAAAAAACUUUAAAAGAAAAAAAAAAGGGGGGCCAGCUCUAAUGAUUUGUUCUCUGUAGAGGCGUUCGUUUUAGCAAACUUAGCAAACUAAUCACAUUCAGUUUAACUUUUAUUUUCUGGCCCAAAGGCCAAUAUUCUUUGCUCUCUACUAUCUGUUACUUACUUCCGUAGAUGACCUUUCUUCUUUAACUUGUCUGUAACUUUUGCACAAUAGUCGCUAUAGACGGAGGUGGCGCUUUUGUCGCUCUCUGACCAUUUAAUAAUCAUUAGGCUUCAGACUCUGGCAGUCUUUAGAGGUUGGCGUCCCCACACCUCAAAAUAAGAAAAAAAACAAAAAAGGGCCAGUCCGCCAUGGCAGGUCUGACCCAAAAAAAUACAAAACUACAAAAAACACAAAAAAACUGUAUACAAAAUAGGCUACUCGUCACUAAAAGUGAUAUUAGCCAGUGUAGUCUAUAUUUCUUGUAUUCAAUUUUGUAUUAUAUUUUCCUAAAUGUUCUCUUAUAAUGAAAAGACAAAAAAAGAGUAUAUCUAUCUAUAUAUAAAUAUAUAUAUAAGAGACAGACAGAAAUGAGGUCAGGCUUGUUGAAGUAAGAGUGGGGGCAGGGGAGCUGAUACACUGGCCCCUCUCCCUUGGGUGACUCUCCUGCUGUCAUUCUGUGCCUUGGUGAGCGUUCGACCUUCUUCCUCCCCCCCCCCUCCUCCUCCUCCUCAUCCUCGGCCCCUACUCAGGUCACACUCCCCUACUCUCCUGCUCCUAAUUUCAUCCUCCCUGGCGGGGCUGAAAGCUUUGAUUUCCACCCUUACCAUGCCAAAACACAUGAGCAAGGGGCACUUGAAGAAAAGACCUCAUUAAAAAUAUACAUUAUUAAAAAAACAAAAGCCCCUUUUGUCUCUACUGAGCAGCCGCUGUUGUUGUACACCCGGUCCUAGCACUCCCCACCCUCCCGACGCCCGCUCUGCCAGUGCUGCCUCUGUCACAGAAAUAAAAAAAGAAAAAACUCACACUGGUAAACUCCCAUGGCAGCUUCCAGUCGCCCUGAAUGGUCACCAACAGGGCUCAAAACUUCUGGGCUUGAAGCGUGUUUAUCUUUUUUUUAUUAAUGUAUGUUGACUAUGUGUUUGUUCAAUGGGAGUCACUGGGAGAGGAGCAAUAAAAGAAUAAUCCAAUUGAUGGCAGCUUAAAGGCCUCCGUGCUCCCAGUGGUCUGUCCCAAACAUAGUGUUACCCAUCGAUCAUGGGGACCUCUUGAGACACAGCAAUAUUACCAUCAUGUGCUUUCUGAGGGAGGGUGGGAGGGCAGGGUUUAUAAGAAAAUCUAAUGGUUUUGCUUUUGACUCUGUGGUGCAUUUCUUUUCAUUUUUUUUUUUUUUUUCAUUUGGUGACCAACUCUAUAUUUUGUUUGAUGACCUCCUAUCUGCACUCUCCAUACACUGCAGGAGGGCAACACAUCAAGAGUUUACAUUAUUAUCAAAGGAUAUGUCCUUUUUCAAUUUGUUGGUCAAAUGAACAACUUAGCAAACCAUAUUAAUGGCAUAAAGUAAUUCUCUUGCACAGAACCUCCCAGCAGAAAAGUGACAGAGUGAAUAGGACAAGGGCCAGAUGUGAGAUUAUAAUUAUUCAGUGUCAUCAUUGGAAUAUGUACAUAGCACACACUGAGAAUAAGAGUCUUUGGGCAGGUGACUGGACAUGGUAACAUCUAGUUUGAAUGCUGGAUGGUUAGUGUUUAUGGAAAUUCUUUUAAUGAUGUGCCUUGGAAAAAGUGAUUUUUCUUAAAACAAAAAGCA